AUUUCACCUGUGACUGACUCUCUCUCUCUCCCUUAUCUCUCUCUCUCCCUCUUUCUUCUCCUCCUCUCCAGGAUAUUGAGGACCCAGUCUCUGGAAUGGUACUAUAACAACUUGAAGAGCCGCUUCAAGAGGUUCGGCAGUGCCAAGGUUCUGAAGACGCUCUACAGGAAUCACAUAGUGGAGAGAGGAGGCACCUCAGAUCUACCAGAAAGCAGUGUUCACGAUGGAAGCAAUGGCAACGAUGGCAGCGUGUGUGGCAGUGACUCCACCUUCUACAGGCAGAGUGAAGGACACAGCAUGGCAGAGACCCUCACUGUUGCCCUGCGUGUUGCUGAGGAGGCCAUAGAGGAAGCCAUCGCCAAGGCAGAGGAAUUUACUGACAGCUUGGAGAAGCAGAAUGAGGCUCGCUACCUACGAGACCACAAAGAGGAGCUUAUAGAGGAACUUGCCACGACCAUCGUACAAAAGAUCAUCCAGAGGAGGAAGCGUUCAGAGAUGCAGACAGAGUAUGACUUUGUUUGGCCCCAGAGCCAGGGCCAGCCCCAGGGCAGUGAGAUGUCCUCCCCCAGCCAGCCCCCUCACAGCACCCUGGCCCAGGCCAACCAGGCCCACCUCAAGAGUUCCUAUUCCCUCUGGAGGUCGCGGUCUGCGUUCUCCCUGACCAGUGACGAUUCUCCAGAGAAGAACACAGAGGCACUAGUAGGGGCGGGGGGAGGUGGAGGGGUACAGGACUACGCCUCUCUGAAGAAGGAGACCGCUAGGGCCUCCUCACUGCCCAGCUGGAAGAGUGUGGACCGCCUGGACAACUCCAGUGCGUCCUCGGUGCUGCAGAGCCCGGACGGUAACUGGAUCGCUCUGCAGAGCUCUCAGCACUCCCGUCCCAGCCUGCUGACCAAGAGAAAGUCUCUGGUGUUCAGCGUCCUGGAGAAGGAGUCCGACGUGGUCUCGGCCUACGACGAGAUGGGCCCCGAAUCCGACCAGGAGGACGACAAGGGGGGCUGGGGGGCCGCGCUCCGCCAGUUCCAACGGAAACUCUCCGACGAGACGUACUACACGGACUCCCAGCACGACCCUGAGUGGACGUACACACCGGUCCACCUCCCGGUCACAUCGCCCUCCUCGGGCCAGUACACCAACACCGAGACCCUCAACUCUGACUCAGAGUGUUCCUCUGUACCACCCACCCGACCCGGCAAACCCCUCCAGAACGUAAUGAAGAAGACAGGCCCUAAUAACCAGGACCCGUAUCUUCAUCCCCAGCAAGCUCAGUACCACCAUCAUCAGCAUCAACACCAGAACCUCCCUUUGUACUCGCUCCACCCGGAGGCGCUGGAUGUGAACUUUAACCCCAAGGUGACUGGAGACAGUGGGCAAAGCAACCACGUCAGGAGGUCGCGGAGACGCAGGAAGAGCAAGAGGGAGCUGGUGGGGAACCAGGCCCACGCACAGACACACACACCACCCCUUUAUUCGUCAUCUGCACAGGAGAACAGUUUCCUGCUGAACGCCCUGCUGAAGAGUGGCAUGAGUGAGGAGAUGCCUGGGCCUGACGUGGGGCCCGUGCCCGAGACCUCCUCUGCGGUUAUGACCCCCGAGCCCAAGAACCAGGACACUGUGGCCCCUAACUCUGCGGCACCCAGCUCCCCUAACUGCAUGGCCCCUGCCCCUGGCCCCCUGUCCCCCAGCAGCUCUGGGCCCGGCUCGGGAGACACACUGGAGCAGGAGCUCUACUCCAAACUGGGCCAGCUGGUUGGAAGAGCCAGCAGCGAGGAAGUAGCGAGCUCGUCCGAGGAUGAGCCAAUCAAAAGUCCCGUAAAGAGAGACAGAGAAAGUGACAGACAGAAAGAGAAGCUGAGGCAGAUUGAGAGAGAGCGAGAUCCCCAGGGACAAAGUGAGAGACAGAGCAGUAAAAGUAGGGAUAGGACGAAGCGAGAGACGUCUGAGUCAGUGAACGGGCCGGAACUGAAAAAGAGAGAGCGACUAAGGGAAAGUCUGACAUUGAGACAGGAGGAGAGAGUGAAGGAGAGGAGGUUGGAGAGAGGAGGAAAGAGUUUGGAAGAGAAAGUAGAUGGCAGGGAAAAUAAGACAGUGGAGAAGAACAGGCAAAGUAAGAGACUACAGAGAAAAGAGGUGGACAGAGAGACCGAAAGAAAGGGGGAAGAAGUGGAAGACCGAAACCAAAAGACAGGAUCCACGCCCUCCUCGCCUGCAAUUACCCCAUCUAUCCAGGAAGGGGUGCUGUGUGACGGACAGAAGUACUCGGCCGCAUCGCUGUGCAGUAUCACCACAGAGGUACUGAAGGUGCUCAACGCCACAGAGGAACUGAUUGGUGAGGCGGGGGGUGAUAGUGUCACCCCCUCUGAGUGCAUGAGCGCGUCUGAGUCCUUCCUCAGCAACUUAGAGACCAGGAAGCUGGACCAGAAACUCACCAAGAUGGAGGAAAACGUGUACAUGGCUGCGGGGGCGGUGUACGGCCUGGAGGGGGCACUGGGGGACCUGGAGAAGGUGGCCCGAGGCAUCAGCAGUGGCACCUCAGACAGAGACCUGGCCUUCCUGGAGGACCAGGUGGCCACUGCUGCCGCCCAGGUGCAGCAGUCUGAGCUCCAGGUAUCAGACAUCGAGGAGAGGAUAUUAUCUUUAAAAACAGCUGGACUGAAUGUCACCACCUGCAAUCGUUUCUCCAACUUCUCCAAGCCAAAACCUACGCCUCAAACCCUUGACACAUCACGCCAACAGAGGAGAAAACUACCUGCCCCUCCGGUCAAAGAUAAGGAGUCUGAGCAGCAGGUAACAGCACUUCAUCCGUAGCGACAGACAGAAAGCACAAAGAGUCCCUCAGGGGCCCCGCGCGGUCUCUCCACUCCAGUGCCUUGAUCCAGCGUCUGCCUUGGGCUAUGCAGGGGCCAACACCUGCCCUGUGCACCCCACCCAGCGCUCUCCUCAGCCAGGCACGGCCCCAUCCAGUCACCCCCUGAAUAUCUCCAGACCGCCUUCCCUGCCUCCCCCAGCCCAGGACCGACUCAUUCAACCCCUGUCCCAACCUACUCCAUCAGCCCCCUGGGCCUCAUUCACUGUAAUUACCACACCACAACGCUCACAACAGGGUGGUUUGAUAGACGACGUGUCUCUGCCUUAAAAUCAGCGAACGAACACUCCUCGCCGAGACAACUCACUGUCUUACUGUCAAAAGAAGACCUAACUUCAAAGUCCUUGUACAGAAAAUAAGAAAACCUCUGUCAGUCUUUUUUUUUUCUAACUGUUUGCAAGGGUGUUGUAGGUGUUUGAAGAUGUGAAAAACCAUGUGAAAACUUCUGUGAUGAAUGUCCCAAAAGAGGCUGAACCAUGUUUUAUAUUACCUGUUGUUUCUCUCACUGAUGAAAUGUCAUGAUGAAUAGCCGAGCACCUACAGAACCUGUUCAAUGUUGUUGUUGUAUUAUCAUUUCUGUGUACAGACUCAAACAUAAUCAUUUCCUUGAACUAGCAGAUACCAAUCCUCAUUCACUACGCUCUGGUCUGACGCGUUUUCACAUUUUCGAUUAGAGGUUCACUUUAAGAAACAUCUGGCGUCCUCUCCUGUUCCUUUAAUUAAUCAUUUACAUGAAGGUAACAGGUAAACACACCUCAAUCUUUUCACGGUGGCGAUUUUGAGACGAGCUCGUUACUCUAGCGCGUAGUUACCGUGUUUAGAGAAAGAUUCACUACAUUGCUCGGCCCACACAAUGACAGUUUAUGUAAUGUCUGUUUUGUAAGGCCAAAAUAACCUCCAUCUACAGGUUGUGAGACUUUGGCAUCUGUCUCCGGGGAGACCCAAGGCCAAAAUAACCUCCAUCUACAGGUUGUGAGACUUUGGCAUCUGUCUCCGGGGAGACCCAAGGCCAAAAUAACCUCCAUCUACAGGUUGUGAGACUUUGGCAUCUGUCUCCGGGGAGACCCAAGGCCAAAAUAACCUCCAUCUACAGGUUGUGAGACUUUGGCAUCUGUCUCCGGGGAGACCCAAGGCCAAAAUAACCUCCAUCUACAGGUUGUGAGACUUUGGCAUCUGUCUCCGGGGAGACCCAAGGCCAAAAUAACCUCCAUCUACAGGUUGUGAGACUUUGGCAUCUGUCUCCGGGGAGACCCAAGGCCAAAAUAACCUCCAUCUACAGGUUGUGAGACUUUGGCAUCUGUCUCCGGGGAGACCCAAGGCCAAAAUAACCUCCAUCUACAGGUUGUGAGACUUUGGCAUCUGUCUCCGGGGAGACCCAAGGCCAAAAUAACCUCCAUCUACAGGUUGUGAGACUUUGGCAUCUGUCUCCGGGGAGACCCAAGGCCAAAAUAACCUCCAUCUACAGGUUGUGAGACUUUGGCAUCUGUCUCCGGGGAGACCCAAGGCCAAAAUAACCUCCAUCUACAGGUUGUGAGACUUUGGCAUCUGUCUCCGGGGAGACCCAAGGCCAAAAUAACCUCCAUCUACAGGUUGUGAGACUUUGGCAUCUGUCUCCGGGGAGACCCAAGGCCAAAAUAACCUCCAUCUACAGGUUGUGAGACUUUGGCAUCUGUCUCCGGGGAGACCCAAGGCCAAAAUAACCUCCAUCUACAGGUUGUGAGACUUUGGCAUCUGUCUCCGGGGAGACCCAAGGCCAAAAUAACCUCCAUCUACAGGUUGUGAGACUUUGGCAUCUGUCUCCGGGGAGACCCAAGGCCAAAAUAAUGCAAGGCAAAAUAUUUAGUUACAUGAACAAAUAAUGAAACGUUUAUCACACAAAUGGUCUACCUAUUAUAUAAAGUAUAUGUAAAGCAUUUAGGAACCGAAAGAAGCCCGACAUUAGAAUAAAUGGACACGUUUCUUAACCAAACAAAAACAUCUCUGUAUGACAUCUUUACCGUUCUGUUUUUUUUUUUUAAAUGAAUAUGCUUCAUUCUAUAGCUAGAGGACUCCUGAUAUCUCCAGGAGUAAUACAUCAAAUGUGUGUCUUUAUCUGUUGUCUAGUACUGUCUUUUUGCUAGCUAGGGCCAUCUACUUGAUAUCUGUCUUCCCAGUAGCAUACUUGGGUGUGUGAACUGCUGACUGUUCAUAACAUGUAGAUGAUGGUUGACCCAUUAACUAGGAUUAAAGGGCGAUUUGUGCGUGAACUAAUACUCACACUCGGAUUUAUUUUCCUACUAGCACUGACAUUGCUGCUAGCUACUUUAUUGAGGAAAAAUACAUGUACUAUGACUGAGGUAUUUGGCUGUCCCAACUAGCUAUCUGAAGAUCAAUGCACUUAACUGUAGGUCUCUCUGGAUAAGAGCGUCUGCAUGAUGACAACAACGUCAACUGUAUUUUUUUGCUUGUUAUUUUUAUGUUUCAUUUGUUUCCGCCUUUAUUUGGCAACCAUUUUGAUUUCUCUCCUGUGCUCUAUGGCUCCAAGAAUUAAUUGUGCGUUGUGUUAAAUAUCUUGUAAAGAUUUAUACAUAAUGAAGUCUACUGGGCUUUAUGACAAAAUGCCAUGAAAAGCAUGAUUUUAUUUUUGUACUUUUGAAGAUUGUUAUUACGCAGUUCUUUUCACUAAAACAAAGUGGGCGGAAACCGGCCUAGGCUUUAUUCUCCUCCUCUGAAAGGUUUUCUCAUCAGUUAAGUCUGAAACCGUGUCAUGUUUCCUUCUUCAAAGUGCUUUACAUGUAUGCCUGCAUUAAUUGUCGGAAAAUGUGUGAUUUUAAUGGGGAUGAUGGUAUUCAUAUUCAUGAUAACGUGGGAGAUGUGAUAAAUAGCAGUUGAUGCAGUGUCUGGUAUUACUCCAAUGACCGGGGUGAGAGUCUGGAAUGCCAGGCCUGUUUUUUUAUCAGCGUCUCAGAGUAGGAGUGCUGAUCUAGGAUCAGGCUUUCCCUGUCCAUGUAACCAUAUUCAUUGUGAUCUACAACACAAAAUGUAUCCUAGAUCAGCACUUCUACUCUUGAGAUACUCUGAGAGGCCCUGGUCUUUAUAUUGAAAAGAUCAGAUAGUAUAUUAAUAUAGAGGAGAUGAAAUACAGUGUUGAGGAAUUAUGUUCCUUAGUAAUUACAGGUAAAAUAGUAUGACGUUUGCGCUGGUUCAGGUUGUUACGUGCAGCUUGACCUUUCUUCAAGCCGCACCUAUCAGGUGGGGGUCCUGUUGUGGCUCAGUUGGUAGAGCAUGACACUUGCAAUGCUAGGGUUGUGGGUUCAAUUCCCACGGGGGACCAGUAUGAAGUUGCUCUGGAUAAGAGCGUCUAAUAAACAACAAUAAGAAUAAUAUGUAACGCCCUGUACCGGAGCUAGUGACACAGGUUAUUCCCAUACCUAUGGACUUCUGUUAUAUUUAUAUUAUAUUUGAACACUGUCCACUGGUAAGUCCUUCCAUCCAUCCUAUGAUCCCAUUUUGCAGGUUAUGCAUAUCGUUUCCUGUAUGUCGUCGUUGUUCCUGGAUGUGUGUUGUGUAUCAACGCAUGUUUCUGGUUUUAAAUAGAUGUACAAAAUUCGAGAAGCACAGCCAAGGGGUUCAUUAUUAUCAAUGUCCUGUAUUUUUCUAUUGUAAAAAACUAUAUUUUAUCUCACCUCCUAAUUUGUUUAUAUAUAUAUAUAUAUAAAUAUAUAUAUAUAUAUAUAUAUAUCCAUAUAUAUGUAAAAAAAAAAAUGGAUAUGACAUAAGAUAAUUGCCCAAUCAUAAACUUGAUCCUUCUGUGUUGUCUGCGGAAGGCAGCCAGCUGUCUAUGUUCCUAGGCCGCAGUGAAGUUCACUUUGCACACCUCUGAUGGACUAUUCACUCAUAUGCGCAAUCGUUUGUUGCAGUCCAUAUCAUGUGUCGGGGGAAAAUAUUAAGAAGCAAAAAACACAGAUUCUCUAUGUGCCAAAUUGCUCUGAUUGAGAAAAAGUGUAAUACUGAUUGAAUAAAGUUUGCA